CAGAGAGGGGGUCCUAUUAUUUCCCUUUGCAACUUCAGUAUGAACCACCAUGGCAACCUUCCUUGUCCAUUUUUCUGAAAUGGUUUUCCGUCAUUAUUUCACUGGUAUCUUGAAUCAUGACGCCGCGCAGGACAUGGGCAAAUCCUGAAACGGGCGCGCUCGUCGGGUCGUCAGUACAUUUCUGACUCGUCGUUCACGUUCUUAUCAGGUUCCGGGAUUAAAUUCUCGCGAUCUCAUCGAUAUGACCUGAAACGGCUCGCCUCGGCUGACAGGCGUACCUCGGUUACUAUCGCUCGAUAUGUCCUAAGAAAAUUUAUUGCGGAUCGCCGUUAUGAAUAUAAAACGGACCACAUCCAUGUUUGGCCUUAACCGUUUGUCUUUCCGUGCUCUGGUCAUCAAAAAACGUAGUCAUGCCGUCCGCGAACGCAGCCCUUCUCUCACUAGGCCAGAAGCACACCACCCACGGUCUUGGACGUGUUAUCGAUGAUGCCAUCAUCGAGAAUGCUUCGGGAUCGUACAUGACUUUCGAUGAUGGCCGUACGAUGCUCGACUUCACCUGUGGUAUCGGUGUGACUUCCUUGGGGCACUGCCACCCCCAAAUCUCGAAGGCUGCUGCCGACCAAUGCAUGUCAGUAGUUCAUGGACAGUGCUCCAUAGCAUUCCACACUCCGUACGUGAGACUCAUCGAGGAGCUCCUUCCCAUGAUGCCCGACCCUUCGCUCGACUCCUUCUUCUUCUGGAACUCUGGGUCGGAGGCUAUUGAGGCUGCUCUCAAGAUUGCGCGUAUCGCGACAGGCCGGCAAAAUAUUAUCUGCAUGCAGAGUGGGUACCACGGUCGCACAUUCGGUGCUAUGGCUGUCACGCGCAGCAAGACUAUCUACUCUGCCGGCGUCCACCCCAUCAUGCCUGGUGUUUUCCAGACACCUUAUCCAUACUUCCAUCCGCUCGGUCUCCCCAAGGAAACUUCUUCAGCCGAGCUAUCUGAGUUCUGCCUCAAGCAGCUUGGCCUCGUCCUUACUAGCCAGACUUCUCCCGCCGACACGGCUGCCAUCAUCAUUGAGCCCAUUCUUGGCGAGGGUGGCUACGUUUCGACGCCCGUCGAGUUCCUCCAGGGACUUCGCAGGAUUUGCGACACCUAUGGUAUCAUGCUAAUCAUCGACGAGGUCCAGAGUGGAUUUUCACGGAGCGGUGACUACUUUGCUAUUGAGCAAAGUGGAGUCAGGCCGGAUAUCCUGGUUAUUGCCAAGGGUCUCGCGAACGGUUUCCCUCUCAGUGGUGUUAUCAGCCGAAAGGAGCUCACUGACAAGCUACCACCUGGAUCGAUGGGUGGAACCUACGCCGGUAAUGCCAUCUCUUGUGCUGCCGCUGUCGAAGUAGCCAAGAUCAUGAAGGGCGGAGACAUUCUCCCCAAUGUUCGCGCUCGCUCCAAGCAGGCAUUCGACGCGCUGAACGCACUCGCGGCUGACCCUGAAGUCGGCAAGUACAUCCUCGACGUCCGUGGUCGUGGCCUCAUGAUCGGUCUCGAGUUCAAGGCGCCUGCUGGUCCUGCCGAGAUCAAGUCGGGCCUAGUUUCGCAAGCCUCUUCUGAUAUCCCCGCUGGUCUCGCAGCGAAGGUAAUGAAGCGCUGCGUCAAGAAAGGCCUUCUCAUUUUGACGACAAGCGCCUUUGAGGUCUUGCGUCUCAUUCCUCCCCUCAAUAUCACUGAGGAGGACAUGAAGAAGGGUUGUGAUAUCAUCGCGGAGUCGCUCAGGGAGGUUGUCAAGGAGAGCUCUUAAUUUUCUUCUGGGACGCUGCUGGGUACUUCGAGGUUUACAGGUUUGGAUGAAACAAAAAUGAUGCGGACAGACGGCUCGUGACGUAUCGUAUAAUACGCGUCUUUGGCUUGCUGUCGUUGGAUUAUAUCGUGUAUCUGUAGUGUACAGGUGGUGCCGUGAAAGUAAAGGCAUUGGAGCAGGUCGUCGCAAUAGAUACGGAGUCGGUCUGUCGCUGCUAUGGCUAGUCGCGUCACGUGCAUGAUUCCAGGAAUUCGAC